GCGGGACUGCCGUCGGCUUUUCAGUGUCCGGGUACGCGUCGAGUACCCCGCGCUCGGGACCCAGAAUAAAGUGUGGGACCCGGAGAAGGAAGGGCGUGGAUGUUCGGGUCCCGGAGGGAACCUUGAGUGUAGCAUCCAAGAUGAAUGACAGCCUAUUUGUCAGUUUGGACAGGCUUUUGCUAGAAUUUGUUUUCCAGUAUGAGCAAGAUAUAAGUACUAAAGAAGAUAUGAUUCAACGGAUUAACAAAUGCUUUGAAGAUAUUAAAGAAAACAAGGCAGCUAUUUGUAAGAUACAUGAAACUAUAAAUACGACAGAUGAGGAAAUUGGUCAUUACUGUAAACAUAGUGAGGAGAUCAAAGACAACUGUAGUAACUGGAAGCCAACAUGUGAUGUUUUUCAUAAACAUGAAGACUAUAUGCAGGACCAAUUUACUGUUUAUCAAGAAACUAGUGAAAAAGACAAAAAAAUGUAUCAUGAUUAUGUAUGUCAGUAUAAAGAUGUUUUGAAGCAAUAUCAACUAAAAUACUCAGAAACACCUCUUUCACAUGUAUAUUAUGAGAAGAAAAAAGAACAUGAAGAAAUUCAAAAUAGAGUGUUGGCAUGUACUGAACAACUAAAAAUGAAUGAAGCUAUCUUUAUGGAACUUCUAGUACCUGCUCCUUUUCCAUCACUUACUAAAUGGACAUUACAUAUGGUUAAUGUGAGAUGUAAAACACAAAAUAUUCUUAAACAUGCCAGAAGUUUUUCCAAAAGUUCGUCUGAAUUGAAGAAAGAAGUAGAUGAAGUGGAAAUAGAAAUUAAUUAUUUAAACCAGCAGAUUGCAAGACUUCAUGAAACUAAGAAUCUUGCAGAAAUUCUGGAAGAAAAAAAUAAAAAUAAGGAAAAGAGAAAGGAAUUGAAAGAAAGAAUUUUUGAAAAAGAUGAACAACAUGUACUUAUAUUGAAUAAAGCCCCUCAAAACAGUCGAUUAUUUCUUCCAUAUGAAUCUGAGAAAGUCAGACCAAUGAAAAUGCAUUCUUCAGAGGCAAGAGUUGUAGAUAAAAAAGAAGAAAGUUCUGUGAAACAGUCAAAGCUUGCCAAUAUUGACUUUAGGCAGAAAGGAAACAACAUGCAGGUACUUAAUGACUCUACUGUGAGUAAACAUUCAAAAUGCUCAAAUGCCGUGGCUAUUAAAAAUUCACAAAAUACGAUGCAUUUCAGAUUGUUAACCCCACAGGAACAAUCAAAUUGCAAUCAAUGGUUUGAAAAAGGGGAUACAGAUGCUGAGUGUGAAGAUAAAGGGACGGUAAGACCAUUGAGAGAAUUAAAAUGUACUUCACAAGUUAUAUGCGCAGAACGUUUUGGGAAGCCAAUAGAAGAUAAUAGUGAUGAAGUAGAAGAAAGGACUGAGAAUUUUCCACGAACUCCUGAAAUUCCUUUAUUUUUAAGAACUCCUGAAGCUGUGAAAACACCUGAACCUUUGGAGAAAUCAUUGUUUCCUAAAACCCCCUCUUUUGAAAUAAAUAGAAAUAUAAUGCCUGAAGGUCAAACACAAAAGGAAUCCCCUGGAUUUUCUUUUCUUAUGAAUUAUACUUCUAGAUCUCCUGGAUUGAAUCUAUUUGAUUCUACAUUUGAUUCAGAAAUCUCAUCAGAUCAGUUUAAUGAACAUUAUUCUGCGGGAAAUUUAAAUCCUCUUUCGUCACAACAAGAAAUUGGAAACUUAUUUGGGAAACCAGAAGGAGAAGAUGCCUUUACAUUUUCUUUUUCAUCAGACUCUUCAACUCAUACAUUUGGAACUGGAAAAGAUGAUUUUAGUUUUCCAUUUUCAUUUGAACAGGAUCAAAACUCAGCACCUUCUUCUGUAAAAGGUUUUUCAUCUUCCUCACAAAAUACAACGCAAUUUACCUUUUUUUGAACUAAUUACUAAUUUCUUGAAUUAUUUAACUGCUCUGUAACCAUCUAGGGCAUAAAUUUACAUUAUUACUUUAAAAAUGAAGACUACUUUAUUUUGUUGGUUAAAGCAAUAAUAAAUAGGUUAGCAUAGUUACAUUAUUUGAUUAUAUAUUUAAAUAUUGAUGGAAAUUAAGCCUAUGUCAUCUAAUUUUAUUUUAUUUGCAGCAUUUGCUAUCAUUAUUUUGGUUUUGAUUUUGCAAGCCAUAUUUAGGCAGAAUUAAUAGAAUUUGAUACUUUUCCAUUAAUAUUUACUAUAAAUAUUAAACCUGCUUCUCCCCAGAACCUAAGUUUCAUUCUUGUAGUAAUUUAGGUGCUUUGAUAAGAAUGAAAACUUCAGGCCAUCAGAAGAUGGCAGUAACUAUGCAGAAUUAAUCCUGAGGUAUACUUUGUACCUUAGCUACUAAAAAAUGCUCUUAAAAUUACUGUGCUUCACUAUAAAGAGUGGUGGUACUUCAAAAAAAAGUGUGGUACAUCAGUGAUAAUCUCACAUAAUUUAUUUUAUUGAUAGUGAAUUAAAUCUGUUAUUUUUUUGAAUACAACAAAUAAUAAAAUUCUAAUUUUAUCAGUUAUUCUAAUAUCUUUAAUGGAAAGAAAUUAAUGUGAAGGGCUAGAGUAAUUUCUGAGAAUUAGAUUGUUGUAUUAAUGAUGAUACUGUUAUAUUUUUUGCUUAAACUUUUUUGAAAAACAUUUAAAAUUUUGUUUUCUGUCUCUAACAAAAAAACUCACCUUUAUGUUUUAUAUGCAGUAUUUGCUUGUCAAUUAUAUAGAUAA